CAGCGAGUGAGAGAUAAACGGGUGUUUAAUCCGCUGGCAGAUGUGCGUUUCCAUCAGAGCUCCGGGGCAAGAUUUAAUCAUUUCCUCGCUGUACCAAAGAGCAAAGACGUUGCCGAGGUCGACUGCUGCCAGAUUUGAAGUUAAUCUUCACAACGGAUCCAUGUUCGCAGAUCAGAGAGUCGUCGGUGCCCUCAAUUGAGCCCGUGCGCACGGACAGAGAGUCGUUCUCCGCGCGCGCGCUCGGUCCCUGAUCCGCACCGGUGUGUCCUGAACGCGCCGCGGGAGGGAUGCUCAUUCACGGUGACUUAUUCUGGAAAGUGAUGCCCAGUUAGUACCAAUGGAUGUGAGGAUGGGUGACUCCCACCAGCACGAGUGAGUGGAAAGAUGCUGCUCGGAUGGAAAUUAUCCCUGUAUGGAUACAAACAGAAGCAGGAGAUGGAUGUUGAAUGUUCCUCCUGCAGGUGCAGCAUGCUGAAGGGGACAGGUGUGAGCUUCAUCCUGCUGUGUCUGAUGGCAGAGGUCAGUCUCAGCGUGCAGCAGGUCUUGAGGAUCGGUGGGAUUUUCGAGACACUUGAGAAUGAACCGAUUCGCGUGGAGGAACUUGCCUUCAAAUUUGCUGUAACCAACAUUAACAGAAACAGGACUUUAAUGCCCAACACCACCCUCACCUACGACAUCCAGAGAAUCAACCUGUUCGACAGCUUCGAGGCCUCCAGACGAGCCUGUGAUCAGCUGGCUCUCGGUGUGGCCGCCGUGUUCGGGCCGUCCCACAGUUCUUCAGUGAGUGCGGUCCAGUCCAUCUGUAAUGCUCUGGAGGUCCCUCACAUCCAGACCCGCUGGAAACACCCGUCUGUGGACAACAAAGACAGUUUCUACAUCAACCUGUACCCAGACUACGCCUCCAUCAGCCGCGCCGUACUCGACAUCGUGCAGUUCUACAAGUGGAAAGCAGUGACGGUGGUGUACGAGGAUGCAACAGGACUAAUUCGUCUUCAGGAGUUGAUCAAAGCUCCGUCUCGCUACAGCAUCAAGAUCAAAAUCCGACAGUUACCGAUGGGAAGUAAAGACGCUCGACCGCUUCUCAAAGAGAUGAAGAAGGGGAAAGAGUUUUGUGUCAUCUUUGACUGCUCGUACCAGACCGCAGCAGACGUCCUCAAACAGCUGUUGUCUAUGGGCAUGAUGACUGAAUACUACCAUUUCUUCUUUACCACGCUGGAUCUGUUUGCGCUGGACCUGGAGCCGUACCGAUACAGUGGCGUGAAUAUGACGGGUUUCCGUCUGCUCAACAUCGACAACCCUCAUGUGGCGUCAGUGGUGGAGAAAUGGUCCAUGGAGCGACUGCAGGCUCCACCCAAACCUGAGACCGGCCUGCUGGACGGAAUGAUGACAACUGAAGCAGCUCUGAUGUAUGACGCUGUGUAUUUGGUCGCUGCCGCGUCUCAGCGAGCGUCUCAGAUCACCGUCAGCUCACUGCAGUGUCACCGACACAAACCCUGGCGCUUCGGCUCGCGAUUCAUCAGCAUGUUCAAAGAGGCUCAGUGGAACGGGCUGACCGGACAGAUCAUCAUCAACAAGACGGACGGCCUGAGGAAAGACUUCGAUCUCGACAUCAUCAGUCUGAAAGAGGACGGGAUGGAAAAGCCGUUUAUGCAAAGUGGUCGCUUUAACAAAGUAUGGAAGAAGAUCGGUGUGUGGAACUCAAACACCGGACUCAACCUGACAGACAGCAACAAAGACAAAAACACCAACGUGACGGACUCCAUGGCCAACCGCACGCUCAUCGUCACCACAAUCCUGGAAAACCCCUAUGUGAUGUACAAGAAGUCAGAUAAGCCUCUGUAUGGGAACGACCGGUUUGAAGGCUACUGUUUGGAUCUCCUGAAGGAGUUGUCCAACAUCCUGGGCUUCUCCUAUGAAGUCAAGUUGGUGUCCGAUGGGAAAUAUGGAGCUCAGAAUGACAAAGGAGAAUGGAAUGGCAUGGUGCGAGAGCUGAUCGAUCAUGUGGCAGAUUUGGCCGUGGCUCCACUCACCAUUACUUACGUGCGAGAGAAAGUCAUCGAUUUUUCCAAGCCCUUCAUGACUCUGGGAAUCUCGAUCCUCUACCACAAACCCAAUGGCACCAAUCCAGGCGUCUUCUCCUUCCUGAACCCGCUCUCUCCGGACAUCUGGAUGUACGUGCUGCUGGCCUGCCUCGGGGUCAGCUGUGUGCUGUUCGUCAUUGCCAGGUUCACCCCGUAUGAAUGGUACAACCCUCAUCCCUGCAACCCUGAUUCAGAUGUUGUUGAGAACAACUUCACACUAAUCAACAGUGUUUGGUUUGGUGUUGGAGCGCUUAUGCAGCAAGGAUCGGAGUUGAUGCCCAAGGCUUUGUCCACCAGGAUUGUUGGAGGUAUCUGGUGGUUCUUCACCCUCAUCAUCAUCUCGUCCUACACGGCUAACCUGGCUGCCUUCCUCACCGUGGAGCGAAUGGAUUCACCCAUAGACUCGGCCGAUGAUCUGGCCAAACAGACCAAGAUUGAGUAUGGUGCUGUGAGGGACGGCUCCACUAUGACUUUCUUUAAGAAAUCAAAGAUCUCCACCUAUGAGAAGAUGUGGGCGUUCAUGAGCAGCCGGAAGAACACGGCGCUGGUGAAGAAUAACAGAGAGGGAAUCCAGCGCGUGAUGACCACAGAUUACGCUCUUCUGAUGGAGUCCACCAGCAUCGAGUACAUCAGCCAGAGAAACUGCAACCUCACACAGAUCGGAGGACUCAUCGACUCAAAGGGCUACGGAGUCGGCACUCCUAUUGGUUCCCCGUAUCGUGACAAGGUGACAAUCGCCAUCCUGCAGUUACAGGAGGAGGGGAAGCUUCACAUGAUGAAGGAGAAGUGGUGGCGAGGAAACGGCUGUCCCGAGGAGGACAGUAAAGAGGCCAGCGCUCUGGGAGUGGAGAACAUCGGAGGAAUCUUCAUCGUGCUGGCGGCCGGUCUCGUUCUGUCUGUGUUCGUGGCCAUCGGCGAGUUUAUCUAUAGGUCCAGGAAGAACCUGGACAUCGAGGAGGUGAGCGUGGGACAGUGUGAAUGGCACAAUAAAUACUGAUGGACUGGUGGACAACACAGGACUUCAGAGGACGUCAGUUUUAUAAUGUACGUUUGCUCCUCGACUUUAUUAAAUCCAAACACACACUGAUGAAACAUUACUUGUAUGAUGUCAGCUGUGCGAGAACUGACGGCGACUUUGGAUACUGAGCAACAUUUCUUUUGACAUUUUUCAUUUUCAGAUGGACAAACGAUAAGGCAUCUGUCAGAGAAUUAUGAAUUAAGACAGGAGUGUUAGUUUGCAGUUUAACUAUUACGCCAGUUACUGUAUUGUUGAGUAGUUCACUUCCAAGUAGUUUGUUUAGAUUUAAAAGAU